AUGUCGUAUAUUAAGUGCCAGCAACGCAACGCUCAGUCGUGGGAAACCACGCAUAUGUGAAAGUGCUGUAAAGGAGACUUAAGUGUUAGAGAAAUAGGAACCCCCGAAACAUGGAAGAAGAAAAUAAUAAUGGCGAGAAACAGAAGAACAAAACGAAAGGGGAGAGGCGACGAAGCAAGCCCGAGAUGGAUUCAGGAAAAGAUGAAAUAAAGAAAUUCAAGGAAAACCUCCUGCAAUCGGUUGCUUCUGGAGAUACGAUAAUGUCCGAGAAUGGGUACGACGAAAUAGCGAUCCCACAACCAGCCCGGUCCCGAUCGGCCUCCAGGGCUAGGGAAGCUCUGCAUAUACCCGCAAAUGUUCUAGCCGAGCUGGAUGAAACGAAGCUGUUUGAGCUGAAAGAAGCAUUUCUACUAUUCGAUUUGGAUGGAGACGGCUGCAUCGACCACAGCGACCUUCGUGCCACCCUCGUGAGUCUUGGAGAAAAAGUGGAUGAACAGGCUGUGAGGAAUAUGCUGUCUGAGGCCCCUAAUCCGCUGGAUUUCGACGCGUUUGUCAAUCUGCUCGGGUACAAAACUCUAGAGCUUGACUCCGAGGACACGCUGGUGGCAGCACUUUCGCGGUGGGACAAGGACAAUUCGGGACUCAUUUCUGAGGAGAGGAUCCGACACGACUUGAUGACGUUCGGGGAUCGUUUCACCGAAAAAGAAGCCGACUACGCCCUCAACGAUGCGCCAAUCAUCCAAAAAAACGGCAACACAAUGAUCGACUACAUACGCUUUUGCAGCCAACUCGCCGGCCUCCGAAAACCAAACAAAAAACCACAGUAACAAUACACCUGUUCAACUAACUCAUUAAAGCAAUAAAAGAUGUCGAAGUCAGUGAACACCAGCUCGACGAUCUCGUGCG